UCUGACAGCAACAGUCUGUGCCGCGCCAGGGAACCGGCUGGACCGCACUCUGGCUGCCUCGCUCGUCCCGGCACCUUCUACAUGUGCGCUGCCUUCCGCUCGCGACCCCUCGGACUGCUCUCUUUCGGGGGCUGCUGCUGCUGCCUCUGAGGCCCUUCUGCGAGAGCCGGUCGGAGAUUUGCCUUUUACUCCUCUCUCCCCCUUUUCUCUGGCGGAUUUAGGUUCAUAAUAACCCCCCUUUUUGGUGUGUUUUCCCCCUCCCUUCCCUCCCGUUUCGUUUCGAGUUACUUGCCUUUCAUGUAUUGUUUUGCUUUUUUUUUUUAACGGCUGUGCGAAAAUUCCGGGAAGAUCGUUGGUGAAACUCGGAAGUCCUCUAGACUUUUGACUCGACUGAUUAAAAAGACUUCAAGGUAUAGUUACCACCGCAAGAGCCGACUACAUGCUGAGCAAUCACUGAAAUCACUGGUCGCAGAAGACGUGAACAACUCUCUGCGGAAGAACACAAACGGCGUGUUCCAUUAUGACGUCAUCCUGUGGGUUACGCCCCUUGUCUCUCCUGGCGAUACUUUUGGUCGCAGAUUUCACCAGUUCCGCGCCUACAAAUGGACACUUAAAGCCUGGCGCUCACGGCCGCUCUCCUUCUCGACCGAGUUGGCACUUGCUGCUGGCACUCUGGCGACCCAAGGGAGAAGGGGUGACGACCGGGGACACGCAUCCCACCGGCGAGGUCCUGCUCACGCCCACUCAACCUCUGCCGGCAAAGGAGGCGCAGCCCACGCGGACGGUUCCUCCCGCCAGAGGAGUCCUGCCGACGAGAGUGGUUCUUCCCGCUAGAGAUGUGAUUCGGGAGAGAAUAGUCCUUCCGACUCGCGAAGACCUACCCGAUGAGAGGGUCCUGCCGGUGAUGGAGCCUUUGCUCCCCCGGGGCGUUGCACCUGCCGGGACCGGGGAUUCAAGCGAGGGCAGCGAACCCCUGACAGAGCUACACCUUGCGAGCACUUCCUACGCACACACACCCGAACCCCUGUUGCACUCAGAGACUCAGAACCACGGUGAGUCAUUCCCGCAUUUCGAAACUGAAGCCCUUCCUUCUCAUCCUGUGAGCGAGGCGGCGGGAAUCCCCGAGCACUUCCCGACCCAAGACAAACAAGAGGAGGACUUUCCUAUUGCUUCCCCUGUCACGGAGCGCGCGGAAACCGUGACCACCACCACCAGGAAAUUGUAUCUCCCGUUCACAGUCAGAACGUCUAUCCGAGAGGAACACGGGGACGGCCUCAUGGAAAGUUUCGGCUCAUCCAGAGGAGACUUGACCAGUAACGUUGUUGUAUCAACAACAAUAUCGAACCACCAGUCUGUUCCUAUCACGUUGCAGAGUUCCUCGAGAACGGUCGUGAGAACAAGCCAGAACAUCCCCAGCCUCACAACCGCGUACACGACGGCGACGUCCCCGCUGACCAUGCACACGACGACGACGGAUCAGGUGAUCACCAUGGGCAGCCCCGUGUAUAUGCACGGAACGCCUGGAGUCGAAGCCUCCCUCGGGACGCCGGUGUCGGUCUCGCCGACGAGAACAAGGAAAACCAAUAUGCUGAACCACAGGGCAGGGCUGCUUCCUGCCGGCCACCCUACGUCGCAGGGAGUAGAUGGGUCACGGGGCGAGGAAGCGACGGGCCGUCAUGGCAACAAAGGAAGCAAAGUAUUGGAACUUGAGGGUCCAGUUGUCAUGGAAACCCUCGAUGGGUCUUCUCUUGUCCCUCUUGUCGGAAGAUCAAAGGAAGUUCUUACUCUGAAGGGAGAUGGAAAAGCCAUUUUGGCGAUAUUACAGGUCGCUCAGGGAUCCAACACGCUGGAGGAUCCCUUCCAUGUCACGUCAGUCAUUAGAAAACACGACCAGCCUCUCCCGACGGAUGGAAACACCAGUGAAACUUCACCUUCAGGUCUUUUGGAUCAGCAAACAACACAUCAAGAUCCUCUGAGAAACAAGAAUCUCGAAACCGAUUAUUUAGAUCAUCCCAAGCCGCUUAUCAUUCCAGACAAUCCUCAGAUUAGCGGAUUAUCGAACUUACUCGACAAAGAGUCUAAAUCAGACGACAGCCAGAAGUCCCUAAAUGCGUUAGAUGUUCACGAGAAAGCUCACCUGCUCCUCACCGUCCCGAAGAAGGCGGCCCCCUCCCCCGCAGCGUUUACGACCACUGCCAAGCCCAUUUACGAGGAGAUCUCAGACACGCUUCAAGUAGACAGUAGCAUUGACGAUGUCGAAGACUUUGACAUUCUCACUAAACAUACAGAAAACACCGACGAAUUCUUAUCCCAGACGAACCAGUCCCACACGAAUCUAAUCGACGCAGAACUCCACAAUGGUCACGAGGUUCCUGCUUCAACAGACCCGACAGCAGUGACCACACUCUCCACCGGCGAGGCCUCCUCCACUCCGCCCGCGCCCGAGCACCCGGCGACGACAGCCACCGCUCAGCCGCCGAUGCUUGAUGACCCUGAGACGACCAACAGCCGCCUCCUCACGACGUCUCCUCCUGAGGAAGAUGAGGAGGAGGAGCUCGAGAGGGAGAGCCACACCGAGGACUGGUCUGUGUUUGUAGCCAACGUGUCCGCACUCAGCAACAAGAGUCUGGCCCUAAACGAGUCCGUGUUCCAGCCCCGCUCCGAGAUGAGCAUUGAAGAUCACCACAAGAUUGUUCUGAAGGAAAGAGGUAAUGUCUUCGUUUCUUGUUUUAAGGAUGUUUUACAGCAUCUAAUGUGUUACGGUGCCUCCUUCCCACAGGCGGUCGACAACACCUUUGAGCGCCUGAAGGAGGACCUGGAUGACGUGUUGAGGUCCCUGCUGGAGGAACCGCCGUCAGACAACGACAACAACAUCACGAAGGCUGUCAAGACGUUGUACUCCGGCUGCAUGAACAUCGAGAGGAUCGAGACCCUUGGAGCCACGCCGCUGCUGGAACUCCUGGACGAGCUGGGUGGGUGGCCCGUGUUGCUGGGCGACGCCUGGAAUGGGACCGACUACGACUGGGUGAGGCAGAUGGCUCAGCUGAGGAAUUACAACAACGACAUCUUGAUCUCGGAAUGGGUCGCCGCUGACAUCACGAACUCUUCGAACCACAUUAUUCAGUUGGACCAGCCCAUGCUAGGCCUCCCGGGCAGAGAGUACUUCAUCAACCCCGGCGACUUCCAGUACCGCGAAGCCUACCUCAACCUCAUGCUCAGCGUCACCGAGAUCCUGGGAGCCUCCGUCGACAUCGCCCUCAGGGACAUGACGGAGGUCCUGCACUUCGAGAAGCAGCUGUCGAGGAUUCUCACGGCGGCGGAGGAGCGAAGGAACAUGUCGGCGAUUCACCGCAAAAUGACGCUGGAGGAACUCAAUAAUGAAGUCCCGGGGAUCAGCUGGCAGGACUACAUUGACGCCAUCGGCUGGAGCAACAACCACACGGACGAAAUCGUGGUGUUCGGCCUCGACUACUUCAAGAAACUCGUCCCGCUCCUCAACGAUACGGACAGCAGAACCAUCAGCAACUACCUCCUGUGGCGUUUCGUGAAGAACAGGAUCAGCAAUCUCGGAGACAAGUUCACGCGGGUCAAGCAAGACUACAUCAAGGUCCUCUUCGGCCGGAAAUCCCAGCCUGAGAGGUGGCGCUCGUGCGUGGAGUACGUCACAGGCAACCUCGGUUAUGUGGUCGGCGCCAUGUUUGUCCGGCGGUACUUUCCUGAAGCUAGUAAGCAUGACACGGAUGAGAUGAUUUCGCUCAUCCGAUUCUCCUUCAAAACGGCGGUAAAGGAAGCCUUGUGGAUGGAUCCGGACACGCGCAGUGUUGCCAUGGAAAAAGUGGACACGAUCGUCAAGAACGUUGGCUACCCUGAAUACCUCAUGAACGAUACUUACAUGGAUCAAGUUUAUUCUGAGCUGAGCUUUAGUCCCGACGAACACUUCAAGAACGUCCUGAAGAUGUUGCAGUUCCACGCCCGCACCAACCACAACCUCCUCGCCGCCCCCGUCAAUCGGACAGCUUGGGUGACGACGCCGGCUGUGGUGAACGCCUAUUACAGCCGUUCCAAAAAUAUGAUCGUGUUCCCCGCGGGCAUCCUGCAGCCGCCCUUCUACCACCCUGCCUUCCCCAAGUCCCUUAACUACGGGGGCAUCGGCGUUGUCAUCGGCCACGAGAUCACGCACGGCUUCGACGAUCGCGGCCGACAGUUCGACAAGGACGGGAAUCUAAACCAGUGGUGGAAGUCCGAAGACGUGUCCAAGUUCUACCAGAGGGCUUCGUGUAUGUUGGACCAAUACGGCGAGUACAAAGUGGAGGAGGUUGGCCUCAACAUUAACCCAGUCAACACCCUCGGCGAGAACAUAGCAGACAACGCCGGGAUCAAGAUUGCUUACCAGGCCUACAAGAAGUGGGCCGAGAAGAACGAGGAGCAGGUGACGGUGCCCUACGUCAACCUCACGCACGACCAGCUCUUCUUCCUCAACUUCGGCCAGAUCUGGUGCGAGAACAACAGGCCGGAGGCGAUGCUCACGAAGAUCCGGAGCGGCCAGCAUUCGCCCAACAAGUACAGAGUGAUAGGAACGCUUUCCAACUCGGAGGACUUCAGCAGAGCCUACAACUGCCCCGUUGGGUCCCGGAUGAACCCCGAGAGGAAGUGCAAAGUGUGGUGAGCUUGAAGCGCCACGAAGAAAAAAAAACAACAACUAGAGAGGAGAAAGAAUAUGUAUAUAUAUACUACCAGACUACUUUGCAACGAGAGAGUGCAAGCGAUUUGAGCGGCAGAGAUUCUUUAGCGUUGCGUUGCUUGGCUGUGGUCGGCGGAGCAGCGAGGGUCGUGUCGUUGGUAAGAUGGGAAGAGGCCAUUCUGCGCCACACUUCCAGGACCGAAAGCCCAGGAUGCGUUUGUAUACGGACGCCUAUACCGACACCCCUGAUACAACACGCAAAUAUACAUAUUCAUACAAUCCAUAGACAUAGAUCCACAUAAACCCAUACCGAAACAGACACGAGUAUACCGCAUGCGGGAAAUAAAACUUUGAUAAAUUGAUAAGAGAGGCAAGCGAAUUGAGAGGAAUAGAGUAGAAGGAAAAGAUGGAAGAAAAGGCAAUAACUAAGAAAGCAAUGUCACCCUUACGUGGCCAGGGUGAGCGAUAAUGGCUGCAAAGUGCAUUUAUUUAUCUUUCUAUUUUUUAUAAUCUGUUGGUCAAAACCAACUUUCUUUUCUUGUAAUUUAGAUAAAAUACAAAUGCUCUUUUCAUAUAAUCGAUUUGAAUAGAAAUAUAUCACAUAGAGUUAAUAUAUAAAUCUGUUGUUGUCUGUAUGUUUGUUCACUCUGUGAGAUCAAUUUUACCCUUUAUAGUAAAUACAAAUGUUGAUAUUUCUAAAAAAAAAAAAAGUACCUGCUAUGUGUCGUAGAUCAAAGACCGUUAAGUUAUAGUUGAGGUUGAAGUAUAGAUAUAACACGUUCUUUAGAAUGUGUCAUUCUGUUAUUGAUACAUAGAAGUUUGGAAUAACACAAGUCAACAUGGAAGUUUUUAACGAUAUAUAGGACACACACACACACACACACACACACACACACACACACACACACACACACACACACACACACACACACACACACACACACACACACACACACA